AGAGGCAGAAGCAGAAGCAAGCAAGGCUGCUCUCUGAGUGAACGGACGGAGGAUAACCAAAUACCUGUUUGCUCCGAAGCGCGAAACACGCCCCCUCUGUGUUUAGAGUUUGAGUAAAAUCAGCUGUAAAAUUGCCGGUCUUCUUCUCCGCUGAACAGAAGACGUAGAGGAGGUCGGUAAAGAAGCGAGGAUGUUGGUCCCCGCGGGAAGAUAAUGAAGAGGCUGCGCGUUUUGUUGGUGUGCCUCACUGUAGCUUUCCUGUGCUGGUCUCCUGGUCGUCAUGUCCGUUGUUCAGAACAGCCCUCUACAGGCCCAGUACUCAGUGCACAGGAUAGUAGCCCUCACACAACACAGGAGGAGGGGGCUAACGAUAAGCAGGUCGAGGAGGAAUGGCAGGCACAGUCAUCGUACAGCGUGGGGCUGGAGACGGAGAGGGCUGUACUAGAGGAGCAGCUUGUGGAAAGUGCUCCAUACAAAGAGAAACACAAACAGACUGUGAAUAUAGCAGAAGAUGAGGUGAUGGAAGAGGUACCCCCUGUCCAUGAACUAGGACCACACCAAUCAGAGCCCCAUUCUGAACCAGACCAGCAACAGCUUACCCAGGCACAAGCCUACACAUCGACACCAUCACCACUUUCACCCCAGACCCAGGCAGAGGUUGAACUCCCUCAGCCCUCGGCCACCCAGGACCAGGCUGCUGCUGCUGCUACUGCUACUGCUUCUCCUGCUGAUGAACUCCAUGGAGAGCUGCAGAUAGAUCCCAACACAGAAGUCCCCCUCUCUGCUGAGCCCGAUGCCCCAGAACCAGCCUCACCUACCUCACAAACCUCCCCCGAAACCCCCUCCAGUGCACUAGAGGUUGCCAGUGCUGGUGCCCCACUAAAGAACUCUAAUGACAGUCAGUGUGAGGUGGGCUCUGUGGCCCUCUCCAGCCAGCCCCUUGCCUCUAACUCCACACUCAGCAGUGAGAAUGAGGAGACGGGGACCAAUCCUGAUCCAACUGCUGCUCCAGACUCAGCGUUGAACAAGACAGCCAACACUUCACACCCUCCAGAAGACCAGCGGGUGGUUGACCCAGAGGGAGGGAACGAUCCCCCUGUACCCCCUAAAGAGGACAUCCCUACCUUUGAUGAGUGGAAGAAGAAAGUGAUGGAGGUGGAGGAGAAGAAAAGCCAGUCUUUGCACACUUCAUCCAAUGGCAGUCCACACCCAGUCAAGAAGGUCCAGAAGAACUUUAAGAAUAACUACGCAUCUGUGGAGUGUGGGGCCAAAAUCCUUGCAGCCAACAGCGAGGCCAAGAGCACUUCUGCUAUCCUAAUGGAGAAUAUGGAUCUGUACAUGCUGAACCCCUGCAGUAAUAAGAUCUGGUUUGUCAUUGAGCUCUGUGAGCCGAUCCAGGUCAAGCAGCUGGACAUUGCAAACUUUGAACUCUUUUCCUCCACACCAAAAGACUUCCUGGUGUCUAUCAGUGACAGAUAUCCAACAAAUAAGUGGAUCAAGCUUGGCACCUUUCAUGCCCGAGAUGAACGCACGGUGCAGAGUUUUCCUUUGGAUGAGCAGCUGUACGCCAAAUAUGUGAAGAUGUUCAUCAAGUACAUGAAGGUUGAGCUACUCUCACAUUUUGGAUCUGAACAUUUCUGCCCUCUUAGUCUGAUCAGGGUGUUUGGCACCAGUAUGGUUGAGGAGUAUGAUGAGAUAGCUGACUCCCAGUAUCCCUCAGAGAGGGUAGAAUACCUGGACGAGGACUAUGACCUCCAUUUCUUAGAUUACCCGCCAGGCUACCUUCCGUCUGAAGACAAGCCAUCAAAGAACCUCCUGGGUUCCGCUACAAAUGCCAUCCUCACCAUGGUCAACAACAUUGCUGCUAAUGUUCUAGGUGGGAAGCCAGAGCUUGAGGAUGGCGCUCCGAUGGAAGGGAAUGCAUCUUCAGGGGCAGAAAAUAUCACGGGAGUGUCAACAGAGACCAUACUCGCACCAACACCCACCCCCACAGAGCAACAAGCAAUGCUGCACACUCCAGUACUGGACCCAACUCUGGUAAAGGAGGAUACUGAAUCAAUCCCUGAGUCUCCCACUGAGGAGAGCCGCAUCGUUAUCCUCAUUGAAGACGAGGAGGAGGAACCGACCCCGCCCACUGUGACCCUGCUGGAGGAUGAGGAGCGGGAGGAGGAGGAGGAGAGGAGGCAUGAGGAGGAAGCAUGGGAGAAAGAAAGCAUCUUUUACUGCAGCCAUCUCAAGACCUUGUCCUGCCUGGCCAGUCUCCAGGAGCACCUGCACCUCUACUGCUCAGCUGCUUUGGCCCUUCAGCGUCUGCGUAGGGACCGGAACACGCGUGCCAGCUCGCACGCUCAAGCACACGCUCAAACACACGCAUCCUCCCCUGUCCCCACUCCAACCCAAACUGCUUCAGCAUCUUCUGAGAAGCUUCCAGAAGCAGAGCAGCCCACUCAGUCCCCUGAGGAUGAGAGGAUUGCUCCGACUGAUACAGUCCCAGCUCCCCCUCAUGUGCCAGAACAGCUGGAGCCCAGUGUGGAGCUGUCACCUGAUAGAAUCUUGCUGGAGCCCAGCCACACCUCCCCCAUCCCCCCUCAUAGCUUCUCAGACACCUCACUUUCAAGACCCACCCCCACCCAGGACAUCCCAGAAACUCCACCCCUUACAGGUGAGCCUCAGGAUUCCAGACCCCAGCACCUGGAACACGUCCCAGAGAGCAGCAGCAGCUCCCUCAGUCCCAGCUCCACCAUCUCCAUGCUCACUCCCACCUCUGAUCUCAACAGCUCCAUAACAAACCAAGUAGAACUCCCCAUGCAAACCAAAGAGCAGCUGCUCCAGCCCCUCCCCACACACACACAGCCUGCUGAAAUCCCCCCUCCCACUGAACUCCCCACAGCCACCCCUGAGGCUGCAGAUCCAAACCGAUCUGCGUGGCCUGAGGACCACCAACAUAAAACUGAGGCCACCGAGGCCCCUUCCCUCACUCCCCAAGAGGAAGAAGUGGAGGACAUCCUUCUCAGUGUGCCGGCCAGCCAGAGUGGUGCACAGCGGAUGGCUACAGACUUUUACGCCGAGCCCCAGAACUUGUCCGAGUUGGGCCACGGCAACGGCAAUGGAAACCCGGUGCACGGCUCCAACCAGAAGGAGUCUGUCUUCAUGAGGCUCAACAACAGGAUCAAGGCCUUGGAGAUGAACAUGUCUCUCAGCAGCAGAUACCUGGAGGAGCUCAGCCAGAGGUACCGCAAGCAGAUGGAGGAGAUGCAGAGGGCCUUCAAUAAGACCAUCAUUAAACUGCAGAACACCUCCAGAAUCGCAGAAGAGCAGGAUCAGAAACAAACAGAUUCCAUCCAGAUCUUACAGAGCCAGUUGGAGAAUGUCACCAAGCUCAUGCUUAACCUGUCUGCUACUGUGGGCCAGUUACAGAAAGAAGUGUCGGACAGACAGAGUUACCUGGUGGUGUCUCUAGUGUUGUGUCUGGCUCUGGGCCUGCUGCUGUGUACACAGUGCUGCCGCAGCUCCUCUAAUCACAAUCGAAGCUCAGCCAUCCCUGUGAGCAACCACUACCCCAGCCCCAAGAGGUGUUUCUCAUCAUAUGAUGAUAUGAGUUUGAAGCGGAGAGUUUCAUGCCCUCUCGUGCGCUCCAAGUCUUUUCAGCUUCCUACCUCAGAAGUAGGUCCUGAUGACUUGUACAUUGUAGAACCUCUAAGGUUUUCUCCAGAGAAAAAGAAGAAACGCUGCAAAACGAAAGGGGGAGAGAAGGCAGAGACUCUGAGGGCGUCCGUUGCCGAGAUGAUGAUUGCUAAUGGCGGCCCUAAGAAAGAUGGCAUCAGUGUGCCACAAUUCCUGCCGUCAACCUGCGAUGGCAGCGCGUCCACCUGCUCAUCCAGAGAUGGUGUGUCUGAGGGCAGCUCUGAAAGCUCCUCCUCCUCCUCCUCCUCUUCUUCCUCGUCCACAGCAUCGGAUGAGUCCUGCUGCAAUGUCCAGUGCAACGGUCAGCUUUCAGCAAGCGUCCCAUCAGCCAAGAACAGGAUGGAGAAAAGGUCAUUUAAGCGCCGGCGCGCCAAGAUUGGUGAACAGCAGCAGCAAAAGCAGCAGCUGCCGCCACAGCCACAUAGGCGAUAUGGGGCGGGGCUUCUACAUACCCCAAUUCCUGUGGCAACGAGUGUCAUGCCAACACUACAGGAGCUGAUGAAGGGGAAACAGGAACUAACCGUGGGGGCGUUUGGAGUGACCGCAGCUGUGACUGGCCGUGUCUGAGUUUAAAGACCCCCCUCCAUCAGCACUGUAUCACACGAUUAAAUCACUCACCUGUACAAAUGGACAAAGGGACACGUCACUCCUCUGCUGAAUCACCUCUGUUUUGCGUCAGCUAGGAGGAAGAGGUGGAUUUAGUCCUGUCCUGUAGUGUUCUCUCUCUCUCUCUCUCUCUCUCUCUCUCUCUCUCUCUCUCUCUCUCUCUCUCUCUCUCUCUCUCUCUCUCUCU